AUGUCUGUGCCAUCAAACGUGUCCGACCAGCAGGGCGCCAAUCAUUUUCCGCUCCAAGAAGUCAAAAAGGUUGUGGACGCCAUUACGGAAGGGGUGAUUAGCCAAGAGAAGCUGCUCGGUGAUCUGACCUCCGAUGGCUAUGGGUUCCUACGUGCCGACCAUCCACUCCACAACACCUACCGUCUAAAGCUCGCGACGGCGCUCGCCCCGGCUGAAGACCGAACGGAUGGCUGGUUCUUGAGCUUGAAGGCCCGACGAUGGAGCGUUAGACUGUACGGAAACCAGCUCUGUAAACUCGAGAAGUUCAACCUGAAGGCUGUCGAGGAUUGCCGCCGCUUCACAGACUAUCACCACCUGGCGCUGAAGAAUCCGGCCGGCACUGAGAAAACGUUGGAAGAAGUUCUGAAGGAAAUCGACGACGCAAAUGAGUGGCCAUGGAUGUUUUGCGGCUGCGAGUUUAAGAAGGGCCGUAAACGCAAGAUCAACAACGUUGACCGAAUUUCUGGGCAAAAUCUGGCGAAUCCUAAUGUGCCCGUCGUCGGCCAGCACCACCAGCGAAACUAUCCCGGCGACAACCUCUUCCAAGGAUACUUGCCCCCGCAGCCGCCAACAGUCGACAAUAUGAUGCUGCCCGGGACCUCUGGCACUGUUUGGCAAGGCCGCGCUCAAUACAACAUCGACUACGACACUGCACCGGAUUAUGGCCGCGGGAGCUUCGCGGAUUACGACUCUGGGGACACGGAUGGUAGCGUACAGACCGGACCACACCAACAACAUCAA